UCUAAACUCAUCAUACCCAUUCGUACCCUUUGCUCUAUUGCUCACCCUUUCAACUAAUAAAUCGCGUGUAUACUCCCUGACAACGCGCAGAGUGCCACCGAGAGAGAGAGAGAGCGCGGACGAGAAAUGGCCUCGUUGAUCACGACUGCCCGAACCAAGUUCUUGGACGCAAUCCGAUCUGUGAACCCGCCUCAGCGAUGGAAGAUCCUCGUCGUUGACGAGCACUCGCAGAAGCUGCUUAACACCGUCCUUAAGCAGUUCGAUAUCCUUGAGGAGAAUGUUACGCUGAUCGAGAGCAUUUCCUCGCACCGCGAGCAACAACCAGGUUUCGAGGCCAUGUAUAUACUUAUGCCGACUACGCAGAACGUCGACCGUGUCAUUCGCGAUUUCUCCAAUGGGAGACAACAAUAUGCCGGAGCACAUCUGUUCUUCGUUGAGGGCUUGGCAGAACAUCUGUUCGAGAAGAUCGCCGCGUCGCCCGCUGAACCGUUCCUGAAGACACUACAGGAACUUUAUAUCAAUUUCAACCCGAUCGAGGCGCAGGCGUUCUCACUCAAGAUGCCAGAGCAGUUCUUCGGGAUGUUCAGCCCGGCGAGAAGUGAAGGGACUGCCAAAGCUGCGAAGGAUCGGUUAGAGGAGGAUGUCCGGUUCGUGGCCAAGUCCAUAGCAAACGUUUGCAUAACCCUCAACGAAUUCCCUUACAUCCGCUACUACAUGCCUUCUCACCACCCACCACUCGGCCCACUCAAACCUAAUGAUACCAUCCGCGAAGCGCCACCUCCUCCUGAGGGUUCGGCUCGGUGGAGGACGAACCUCGCGAGGGGAGAGCAAGCGCGACAGUACGAGAAAGCGGACUCUGAAUAUCUUUGUAAGAUACUUGCGUGGAAUGUACAGAACUGCUUGGAGGAAUAUAAGAAGGCGAACUCGGACUGGCCGAAAGCAGACGCAUCCAGAGGACGCGGCACCUUGAUCAUCACCGACCGUUCAAUGGACACGAUCGCUCCGUUCAUACAUGAAUUCACGUAUCAAGCCAUGGCAAACGACCUACUCCCGAUAUAUGACGGUACGAAAUACACAUACAAAUUUCAGUCCUCCAUCGGCGCUUACGAAGAUAAGACUGCUACCCUGAGCGAUGCGGAUACUGUCUGGACUGAAGUUCGACAUAUGCACAUGCGGGAGGCGAUUGACAAGCUCAUGGCGGACUUCAACAAGUUCGUGUCCGAGAACGCGGGAUUCAAGGGGGAGGGGGCGGCGAACCUGAAUGACAUGAAGGAUAUGUUGGCCAGCCUGCCACAAUACCAAGAGCAACGAGAAAAGUUCUCGCUGCAUUUGAACAUGGCGCAGGAGUGUAUGGGUAUCUUCGAGCAGGAUAAGCUCCCGGUUGUAGCUAACGUGGAGCAGAACUGUGCCACAGGCCUCACAUCAGAAGGCAAGACGCCGAAGCACCUAGUGGAGGAGAUGGUUCCCAUUCUGGACAGUCGAGAGGUCGUCAACUCAAACAAAGUCCGCAUAAUCGCACUGUACAUUCAAUACCGAGAAGGCGUGCCAGACGAGGAUCGGCGACGGCUCUAUCAGCAUGCAAGGCUCACCAUGGCCGAGCAGGAUGCAGUGAAUGCUCUUGUCCAUCUCGGCGUGCGGAUAUCCAGGGGACCGGCUGAUAAAGAUGUGAAGAAGAGAUUGAAGCAGAAACCGACAGAAGACGAGGAGUACGACCUUUCUAGAUUUAAGCCCCUCGUUCGCACUGUUAUCUCCGAACAAGUCUCCAACAAACUUGACCAGGCACUCUUUCCAUAUGUGAAAGAUUACCCUUCCGCCAUGAACGCCCAGGCCAGCCUCCGCGGCGCAUCCGGCGCCUCCCCCGCAUCCACACCUCCCGCCUCACUUCGUUCUGCGAAACCCUCUUGGCAUCGAGCGGCACGACCGAAUGCUUCACAAGAGACAAGGCAGAGGUUGUUUUUCUUCAUGGCUGGUGGGAUGACGUACUCGGAAAUGCGUGAGGCGUAUCAGUUGAGUUCGAGUUUGAGCAAGGAUAUCUACAUCGGUUCUACGCAUACCUUCACUCCUAAACAAUUCGUCGACGAUCUCAAGGUCCUCGAGCUGAACGGUGUAGGCUCGAAAGCCAUCCCUAAUGGCAUUCGCGAAGCCCGGAAUGGCCAGAGACCCUAUCAAGACUACUACGAUGAACUCUACUUCACUCAGGAUGCUCCAGCCCCCGCACCUGCGCGACCACCGCCAUCUAAUAACAGCAAGAUGCUGCGGCCUGCCGCAACUCCAAUGUCGUUGACACCGAGUGGAGGGAGUCAGCUGAGUGUGAAUUCGAUGGGGAGUGGAGUCAGUGGAAAGGUUGAGAAGGAGAAGAAGAAGAAGGGGUUGUUCAAGAAGUGGUAAUGGACUCUGAACGUGGUUUAUAUAGUGCCAGUACUGUGCUUGAAUGUGCAGUGGACUUCUGAGAGUGUGGCGUUGCAUCAGCCUUUGUUACGGAGGAACGAAGUAUGGCUUACCGUACAUCAUAACAUAUACGGAGGACUUUUUCUGGACGUGGAAAUUAAUGACUGUGGAUUUGAUUCAGUAUGCGUUGUCUGUCGGUGCCAAUUCGACUCGUAGCGUGCGG